AUGCCGAAUAUUCGGCCUCUCGAUAAUAAAUUAAAAAGGGCUCUAGAUUUACCAAGUGUUGGACCUGCAGUUCCAGAAAAAAUAACUAAAUUAGAUAAUGUUCGAUCUAAUAUAUCCCAAGCAGGACCAUUAGCAGCAUUUACUGGAAAUGUAGUUCGGGAUGCAGGAAAAUAUAAAAUACAGUUUUCAAACAAUUUCCUAAAGACACAGCAUGGACAUUUGCAUAGUAUUAAAGCAUACAAUUCUACAAUGUUAUCGGAUAAUAAAUUCUUAUGGCAGUAUUAUACUGGUGCGUCAAUUGUGUAUGCAGCCUGCACAGCUUCUUUCAUAUCAGUGGCUUGUGAAGAUAUGGUAAUUCACUGCUUAGAGACUACCUCAGGAAAGCCUGCAUUGCCAUUAAUAUCUUUACCAGGACCUUGUAUUCGAUUAGUCUUAACACCUACAAGUUAUUUAGCUGCACUAACAACAAAUUCACAUGUUCUGGUUUGGAAUAUAUCUGAAAGAAAAGCUAUUUUUCGUGAAACAUUUGGACAUCUUUUAGCAGAUGCUACAUUAUUGAAUUGUGCUCUAACACAUUUUGGUAUGCCAAUCAUAACAUUUUCAAAUGGCAAAUCAUAUACUUAUUGUAAGGAUCUACAAACAUGGAUAAUGUUAUGUAAUCCACGAGACCCUGUAAUGAGGAUAGGAAUGUGGUCCGUCUCUAAAGCUACUCCGCCUCCUAGGGGACAAGCUUUGACUAUUGCACAACAUGCAAUAUCUGCCAAGUCCAUGUUAUAUGGUGCUGGUAAUACUCGUCAGCAUGCAGCAGCCCAAAGCUUUCUGGAAUCACAAUUGAUAGCAAGUGAGGCCUUGAAAUCAGCUGAUGACUUCCGAUAUUGGCUAGAAGCGUUUAUGGAGCAUUUAGGAGCUCAUGGGCCUGAGCAAGCAUUGAGAAGAGUACUAGAUGAUCUGUUGGGUUCAUCUAUUUUGAUGUCCAAAGAUGCAAAUAAUACUUCGAAACGAGAAAUAUUGGGACUUGACAAAAAUGUACUAUUAGAAUCUUGCCUACGAAUUCUGAGGAAGCAUGUUAAAUGGCAAAGAAUAUAUUUAGAAUAUUCAGAUCAGAUAAAUGAAAUAAAUGCUCAAAAGUUAUGAGUUCUUCAAAAUAUAUUUAUUCAUUAAGAAAUAUUAUUACUUGUUUGUAUAAUGAAAUUCUUAAUCU